GUAACGCCCAAACAUCGAAUGAAACUUCCUGUGUAGUUUGUCACCAUAUGGAGUUAAAGUUCCGGUAUAUGUCGAAGAAGUACUCUGACAUUUAUGAGAAUGCUUUUAAAAGUGAAGAAGCGGGUAUGCAUGAUCCAUCGUGUUUCACGGACGCUGUAGAACCACAAGUGUGCGAGACUCCAUUGUUUCCUGACGUGUUUAAAAACAAAUGUUUUUUCAGACGGACAACAGUGCAUUUCCAGGGAUUGAUUGGUCAUCUUCCAAAAGCAGAGAUGAUCUUAACACUUUACGAGAGGGGUUGCAAAGCUCAAUGGAUUACAAAACCCAACGGAUGUAGGGAUUUUUCAGAAUUGACACAAGAUGAGCAAGGCGAGUUGAUAAGAAAAUUUCAUCCUAUACAAAAACGAUGGAAAGUCGCUACCUUCUUUGCAACUGUAUGUGUUAUUUGAAAACGAUCAGAUUUCUGAUGGGAGCUAAAUCGCUAGAUUUUGUGUAUGUGUGUAGAGCUAUGUGUAAAUAAUGCUGUGCUUAAUAUAUAAUAUGCAAAUAAAGCACUAAUUGAAAAG